GGGUGAAUUAGAAUAUAAUCUCAAAUAUGAAACAUGUGUAUACAUAUAUGUACAUGCAUGUAAUCACACAUAAUCAUUUACAACGCCACCCAGAGCAUCAGUCUUAUUAUCACGAAUCAACAAGAUGGCUGGUACCACGGCGCCUAACCGAACACCCGAGAUCAAAUACACACAGAUUUUCAUCAACAAUGAAUUUGUAAACUCUGUAAGUGGGAAGACGUUUCCAACAUUGAAUCCUUGUACAGAAGAGAAGAUUGCAGACAUACAGGAAGGUGAUAAGGAAGAUAUUCAGAAGGCUAUCGAUGCAGCAAAAGAAGCGUUCAAACUUGGAUCGCCAUGGAGACGUCUAGACGCCAGCAAACGUGGAGCCUUAUUGGACAAGUUAGCUGAUUUGAUUAUGCGAGAUGCCGAGUACUUGUCGAGCCUUGAGACCCUGGACAACGGGAAGCCUUAUACGAACUCAUAUCCAACUGUUGUUGCUUCUGCUAGUAGUAUCAAAUAUUUCGCUGGAUGGGCAGAUAAAAUUCAAGGCAAAACCAUUCCCAUUGAUGGAGACUACUUCUGUUACACCAGACACGAGCCGGUUGGAGUAUGCGGCCAAAUUAUUCCGUGGAACUUCCCCAUUCUUUUGAUGAUGUGGAAAUUGGCCCCAGCAAUAGCCACCGGUAACGUGGUUAUAAUUAAGCCAGCCGAACAGACACCUCUUACAGCUCUUUACGUUGCGGCCUUAGUCAAGGAGGCAGGAUUUCCCCCGGGGGUUAUAAACGUGGUCCCUGGGUACGGCCACACUGCAGGAGCCGCUCUAUCCGGUAGCAUGGAUGUGGACAAGAUCGCUUUCACAGGUUCUACCGAGGUCGGACAUCUGAUAAUGAAGGCCGCGGCAGAAUCUAAUCUGAAACGUCCAACGCUUGAACUUGGAGGGAAAAGCCCCAAUGUGAUCUUUGCUGAUGCCGACAUGGACGCCGCUGUAAUGUGGGCGCACGAAGGAGUCAUGUAUAAUUCUGGGCAGGUGUGCUCGGCUGCGAGCCGCACAUUCGUGCAGGAGGAUAUCUACGAUACCUUCGUCCAGAAGAGUGUGCAAAUUGCCAAAGCCAGAAGUGUGGGAGAUCCUUUCGAUGCAGCUACGAAGAACGGCCCGCAGAUAGACGAUGAACAGCUAAAGCGAGUCAUGGAAUUGAUUGAAUCUGGGAAGAAAGAAGGAGCCAAAUUGGAGUGUGGAGGAGAGAGACUGGGUGACAAGGGUUACUUCGUCACACCUACUGUCUUCUCAGGAGUCCAAGACGACAUGCGCAUAGCAAAGGAAGAGAUUUUUGGACCGGUCCAGCAAAUCAUUAAGUUUAAAACGAUGGAUGAGGUGAUAGAAAGGGCAAACAAGACACAAUAUGGUCUAGGAGCUGCUAUCUUCACCAAGGACAUCGACAAGGCAUUCACAUUCUCUCAAGCUGUUAAGGCCGGAACUGUUUGGGUCAACUGCUACAACAUCAUCAGUUACAUGGCUCCAUUUGGUGGAUUCAAGAUGUCAGGACUCGGGCGUGAACUAGGGGAGUAUGGUCUGCAACAAUAUACAGAAGUGAAAAACGUGGUGGUGAAGAUUCCUCAGAAGAAUUCGUAAAAACACCAGUUGUUUCCGUACAGAUGCCAAGGAUAUCAUAACAAACACAUUGUUAUAUAGCUCAACACCAACAAAAGUUGGCUAUAAACGUUUAGUACUCACAGGAAGGCGGAGAUUAAAUAUCUCGUAACAUACCAGGAACAGAUUUCAUUAGUCUUUCUCUUAUUUGUAUUUUAAAUGUUUCAAAUAAAAAUUCUUUGUUUUUAUCAUUA